AUGGGUAUCAUGUCUUAUAUUGGCACGUUUUUCGCUUCGCCGCCUCCGAAUCAAAAGUUUGCCGAUCGUUUUGUUCUCGUAACCGGCUGUGACACUGGUAUAGGAAAUUUAAUCGCAAAAGCUUUACACACAAGGGGAUAUCAUGUUCUUGCAGGGUGUUUGACUGAAGCAGCAUUUAAAGAAUUUCUUGCAAAUAAUUCCUCGCCAACUUUUCGUCCAUUUUUGCUUGACGUAUCAAAAGACGCAUCGAUUCAACAAUGUGCACGCAUGGUCACCACUGAAACAAAAGAAAACGGACUCUUUGCGUUGAUCAAUAAUGCCGGAUGCAAUGAAGGAUUUGCAUUCGAGUUCACUUCAACAAAUCAAAUUGGAAAAACGAUGGAGGUGAAUUUCAUGGGACCGAUUCGAAUGAUAAAAGCUCUUUUACCAAAUCUACGACAGAAUAUCAAAUACAAUAUGAAAAAGCCAUCAAAGCAGCAAGACAUCUCCCCACGUAUAGUAAAUAUCACUUCAGUACUUGGAAGGACAACCGUUCCAUUUUACGGGGCAUUCAGUGCAUCAAAACAUGCAUUGGAGGCAAUGUUAGAUACAAUUCGCGUGGAGUUAUUACCCUGGAAAAUCCAUAUUGUAAUGAUUGAACCCGGUCCAAUAAAGUCACGUCUCACUCAUCCUGAUCUUGUGGAGUUAUCAAGAAAAUUUUUUGCAUCACCAGAAACCACAGAACAGACACUAAACUUAUACGGCGAAGAAUAUAUUCAGAAAGCAAUAGAGUUUUGGCAGAAGCUUCAUGAUGGUCAAGAUAGUCCAAAAGAGGUGGUGCGUAAUGUGGUGGAGGCAGUUGAGGUUGGUUUUCCAAAGGAUCGAUAUGUUAUUGGAACAGUGGCGAAAAUGCAAGUUUUGGUACAUAAUAUUUUACCAAGAUGGGUGCUGGAUUUAGCAUGGGGAAGUGUGAUUAGAUUGGUGGGUGUAUGGCCAAAAGAUGCAAGAGAAUUGGAAGAAGGCGUUACAACAUUAAGCACCAGCCCAAAGACUCAAUCGAAAUGA